AUGUACACGAGCCGAGCAGAAAUGAAGAUCUUUGCCACAAAUGUUGCUGUUGUCGGCGCAGCGGAGACGGCGGCUGCUGCUGCUGCUGCAACAACGACAGCAACAACAACAACGCAACAGCAACAACAACAACAACGCGAAUAUCGUUGUAGCGCCCAGGUCAAGUUCAACAAAUACAACAACAAGGCCAACAACGUGGUGCGGCAAACCAAAUACAACAACAGCAGCAGCAGCAGCAGCAACAACAGCAACAGCAGCAACGCGGACAAUAAACAUGUCAAGCGCCAGCAACAGCAGCAGCAGCAGCAACAACAACAACAGCCACAACAACAACAACAACAGGUGCACUACAACAACAAUAUGCACAACUUUACGCGCAAGAAAUAUUUUGGCAGCAACAGCUACAAUUGCAACCAACAGCAGCAGCAGCAGCAACAACAAGCGACAGCAGCAGCAGCAGCAACAAAGCUGUCUAACAACAACAACAACAACGUGAUGAAAAAUCAAAAUAUUAUUGAAGAAAUCAGCUGCAAGCACAGCAACGACAGCAACAACAACAGCAGCAGCAACAGCAGCAACGACAGCAGCAACGACAGCAACAACAACAGCAACAACUAUCAAUAUUAUUAUUCGCAGCCGAAGCAGCUGACAAUUGCCUCGUUUCUGCAAAAGGAGCUGCUGCCCGAUGCGGACAAGGCCAACCAGCAACAGCAGCAACAGCACAAUUAUAAUGGCGCACAUCGGCGCAUGCAAAAUGUUGCUGUCGCUGGCGGUGUUGCUGCUCAAAUCAAUCAUGUUGCCGGCAAGAGCGGCUACUAUCAGCUGCAACAGCAGCAGCAACAUUAUCAUCAGCUUAUGUCUGGCAGUGGCACGCCCACAAGCGCCGAGCAUCAGAAUUUCUAUAAUCUAACCUAUGUGAAUGUGGACCCGCCGCCAGCGCUGCAAUUGGCCAUGUUGGCGCCAGGCAUAUUAUCGCCUGCGGCACUGACGCCGGAGGCGGUGGCUACCACGCCCACAAACAUGAUAAGCUGCGCGCAAUUGGACGAGGCAAUAACAGCGGCAGCAGCCAGCUUUGGCGAUGGCUAUAACAAUGCCGCCGCCGCCGCCGCCUGGUCACAUGCCAAUUCGCCAUGCUAUCCGGCGGCCGCUUUUGGUCCAAGUCCGAGCAGCAUUUCCAGCGGAUCCGGGCACAGUCGCAUUCCCUCGCAUCGCGCCGUCUCGCCCGCCUCGUCCACGUGCUCGCUGGCAAGCGAGUCGCAAUGGAGCAGUCGCAGUCGAUUGACGUCGUCGGAGCUGUUGUCCGUGUCGCCGACGCCGCCAGCCACGGGCACGGGCACUGGCACCGUCGCGAGCAACGUGCCCGCGCCGAGUCAACAGCUGUCGCCACAUCUGGGAGGAUCGCCGCAUGUGGCCGGCAUGGCAAAUGGCUUGCAUGCAUUCGCAUCCUGGCCGGCAUCCUGGUAUGAGCUGAUCUUGCCGCCGGAUCGCUAUCUGGACCAUGCACGCAACGUGGAGCUGACCAUACAGCCGGAGCAGCUGAUCUGCCAUUGCAAAUACGACAAUCUGUCGCUGGACAUAUGGAAACGGUUUCGUGGCGCGCAGCAGACGCAUGCCAAGUUCAAGCUGAAGAUGCGUCUGUGGCGCUAUCUGUUCAUCGGCAUAAAUCAGCUGAUGUUCUCGCGCUAUCGCAUCUGUUUGGUCGGCUCGACCAUUACCGGCUUUGGCACGGACUCCUCGGACAUCGAUAUGUGCCUGUUGCCGGAGCAGCAAACGCAUCAGCAACAGCAGCAGCAGCAGCAUCAUUAUCACAACGAGCUGCGCGCCGAGGCACUCAUGAUACUCAAUCUGUUCAAUGCUGUCCUCAAGGAAAUGGAAGCUUUUCAGGAUUUCAAUUUAAUUGAGGCACGUGUCCCGAUCCUGCGCUUCAAGGAUCGCAUCAACGGCAUCGAAGUCGAUCUCAACUAUAACAAUUGUGUCGGCAUCAAAAACACAUAUUUGCUGCAAUUGUACGCGCAAUUGGACUGGCGCACCCGGCCGCUUGUGGUCAUCGUGAAGCUGUGGGCGCAAUAUCACGAUAUAAACGAUGCCAAGCGGAUGACCGUGUCGAGCUACUCGCUGGUGCUGAUGGUGCUGCAUUAUUUGCAGUAUGGCUGUGUGCCGCACGUGCUGCCCUGCCUACAGGCGCUGUAUCCCGAUAAGUUCAAUUUGGGGCAACAGGAAUGCCUCGAUCUCGAUCUGAUAGAGCCCAUCGAGCCGUACCAGACGCACAACACACAGACCCUGGGCGAGCAUCUGUUGGGCUUCUUCAAGUACUACAGCAACUUUGACUAUCGGAACAAUGCCAUAUCGAUACGGACCGGCGGCAUUUUGCCGGUCAGCGCCUGCCGUCUGGCCAAGAGUCCCAAGAACGACAUGCACCAAUGGAAGGAGCUGAAUAUUGAAGAACCCUUCGAUCUGUCCAAUACGGCGCGCUCCGUCUACGACUUUGCGACCUUCGAGCGUGUCAAGGCAAUAUUUGUAACGACGGCGCGUCGACUGGAGCACACACUGGACUUGGCCUCCAUCUUUACGCCCAUCCAUUAUACCCAACGGCCAAUGCCCAUGCACCAUCAGCCCCUGCUGCAUCUCCACCCGCAUCCCGCCCACAACAAUCAUCCAUCAGCCCAUCAGCAUCUGCUGCACGCCCGCAACUCCGCCACGACGGCGCCAUCCAAGCUGGUCACAGCGGGCAGCUAUGCGGCGCCGCCUGCCUCGCAUCUGGUUUAGGCAUUGCGACGCAUCCAAAGUGUGCGGCAUCUCUGGACGAUUUGCCUGCUUGUCAGUUCGCCAGGCAUUUCAUACAACCCACAGGUCAGUUGUAGCUGCAAACUAGGUACGAAUCUCAGGUUUAGUUUCAGCUAGAGAAAGGUUUAGCUAUGUUUUGUAUAGAACCCAAACAGUCAGAGCUGUAUAUUAUAAUCUAAUCUGUUAGUGCACACUAGAACAAUUCAUUGCAGACGUGCUCAACACUGUUCAGAAAAACUCAACCAACUGACAAAUGGGCACUUGUAGAUCACUUCCGAUUUAAAGCUUAUAUUCAAAGAUUUACAUGCAAAAUUUAUUCAAAAUUCAAACACGCAUUUCACGGAUUUUAACAAAUUCACUCGCAACAUCGGAAAAUGAGCGGAAAACGCAAAUGUCAGCUGAUCAGUGUCUGACUUUGAAAGUUCUUGUUUUAAACCCAAUAUAUUCUUAUUGCCCAUUUUCAAAAGGAUUCAGGACAUAAAAACGUAGAGCAGAAAAUCUAGCUACAUAUAUGGAAAAUGGGGGACUUAAAGUUCUAUGGCUUAGUCUGAAGAUCCUAGCUAAGGUACUUUCCAACAGUUUAUGUAGAGUAUCAAGAAUUCUCAAUUGAUGUCAUAUUAUGUAAAAUACAUAGCAGAAAUCAGAGAUCAUAGAUCGUGCAAGGGUUUAAAAUGCCAAAAAAAAAAAUAACUCGAAAGAAACUUUCUGGCUUAAGGAUAAUUAUAUAGAUAAUUAGAUAAAUUCAAGCUAUUUAUGCUCAGAGCUAAGGCUAGGCCGAUUCGGUUCAAGACUGUUUAUAUAAAAACGAUGUUAUCUAUCACUGGCAAGUCCAGGAAGAUAUAACUGUGAUAUGAAUAGAGACUCUGUCGAUGUAAAAACUUAUCUAGAAUAAUAUUAUUAAUGCUUGUAUCCACGACGUGCGCAGUUAAUUGUAUAAUAUGUAAUUAUUGAUAUUAGAUUAGAAAUGCCAUAAGUUUUUUUUUUCUGAACCCAUUAAAAAUGGGUAUAAGGGUAU